GCAGCCCAAAACCAAAGGGACAGUAGUAGUCUUUCUGAAACGCCAAACUCACACCUCUCCUCCACACCAUCAGCAUUCACCACCACGAUUGCUAUUGGGAUUUCGCUACGCUGCGCUGCUCUCUCUCUCUUUCCCUCUCUGAACUCAAAGCUGCGGAUGUAUAGGCAUCCAUCGCCUCUCUCUUUCCUGCCUCAGGGGUUGUAUGCUUUGGCUGAAACGGUGCCCUUUGUUCUUCUUCUUGUUCUUGUGUUGCAGCAGCAGUAGUCGGAAGUAGAGAGAAAAGUCGGAUAUGGCAGCGGUAAGAUCGAGCUUACCGUCUAGGUUGAGGCAGCUUCUUUCCGGAGAAAGCCUAAUCGGUCCUUCCAUUAAACUUGACUCCGACCCUCCCCCAGGAAUUAAAGCAUUCAUAGAAAAGGUCAUUCAGAGUCCAUUGCAAGACAUUGCCAUACCACUCUCUGGCUUCCGUUGGGAGUACAGUAAGG